AUGAUAAAAACAAGAAAAUCAAUGAGAGCUAUAGAGUAAUAAACAAAUAAGUUUUAUGAAUUUCUUAUUGAGAUGCAACCUAAAAAUUAUAGUACUUAACCUUAUAAUAGAAAGUCUCAAAAAAAAUUUUAAAAUCUUCAUUUCCCAAAAGUUGACAAUUCCAAUUCAAAAGACCCUUUUCUAAAUAAUUUAAAAGUUACAACAUUAGACCUUGUUAAAAAUUUUGAUUAUAUGGAUCCUAAUGAUGUUACUUUUCAACUCAAUUAAAUGGUUAAAUAAUAAUCUUUCAUUUCAUCAACAAAACCCUUCUCUCGAAUACAUUAAAGAUCAUAGCCUAAACACAGAAAUCCUAAUAAAUCACUAUUCGAGAUUUCUAAAACAAUUAAAAUUAUAUGA